AUGAAAACUAAAGCGCUGCGUCAUCGUGAAUUUCAUAAAAAAAUCUAUAAAUACAUACACACGUCGUAAAACAUCAAGUGACGUCAUAAAUUACUGAUAAAACAUUAGAUAAGCUUAAGAGUGCAUAAAAUAGAAAGCAUAACAGAGACGUUCGAGGGUGUCACUAUGAUUGAACCAUCGGCUUGGGGAUGAAUCUAUUAAACAAAAAAGAGAUUAAGUAAAUUAUUGCUAAGAUGAUCGUCAAAAGACAAAGGACAAGGCACGCCCGUAGAUCCGAAAUGCCAGACUAGCUGCGACGGAAUCUUAAUCACCAGGAAAAAAGCAAACUAGUGCUUUAGUGAGCAAAAGUAGUUGGAAGAUAAACUAGAAGUCUUUAAGCGUAAAUAAACAUAAAAAAUAGAUAAAAAAUGAGUCAAGCACAGCAGCAUGUGCUUGCAAGUGCAAUAGUUUUGGCUCUAAUUGUUGUCUGCGGCAUCCACGUCUUCCUCUUUCCUAUGUACACAUCCAGCCCGCAGAUCAGACACACCAAAAUAGCAGCAUAUGAGCAAGCAUUGUGUCGGAGUAGCUUCAAACCAACUAAAAUACCUAUGGAAUGGAGAAGUUCCUGUCCAAAGUACGGAAUUGUCUCUGCAGCGCAAGGUGGUCGAUUAGGAAACCAAAUCUGGGAAUAUGCUUCAGUUUGGGCUACUGCGAGAAGAACUGGUCUUGAGCCGUACAUGCCACGCUGCAUUUUGAAAACUCUUCAAGAACAUUUUGAUAAACUGAGCAUUCCUCCUCUUAGUUAUGUUGGCAGAUGUACUCUAGAUGUUGGACAAGUUGUUAAUUCUAUUGGAAUGUGGAAUAGUACACAACAAAGCAUUAUUAUACCUAGAUUUUCAUUUGGUUUAUAUUUCAGACAUGCAGCCUAUUGGAGUUUAAUUCUAGUGUGGUUAGAUGAUAUCAGAAGAGAAUUUAUAUUCAAGCCUUACUUGAAACAAUAUGCAGAAACGAUCUUAAAAAAUGUAGCUAAACGUUUUAAUAUUAUACAGCCAAUAUACGUUGGAAUUCAUGUUCGAAGAACGGAUUAUAUAGAUUAUUUGUGGCAAAAAAUGAAAGUCAAACCGGCUCCUCCACGAUAUUAUUUAUCAGCGAUAGAUUAUUUUGAAAAAAAAUAUAAUAAUGUUAUUUUUAUCGUCGCCAGUGAUAAUAUUGAAUGGUGUAAAUACCAUCUGAAGAGUAAAAAAUACAAAACAGAAUUUGUAUCGGAUACAGAAGCACGAGGGCCUGGUAAAGAUCUUGCAGUUUUGGCAGCUUGCAACCAUACAAUUAUCGAUUAUGGAACUUACGGUUCCUUUGCUGCUAUUUUGGCCGCUGGUGAAACGAUUGUUUACAAUGUCACAUCAUACUUUUCAACUAUGAUCGCUGAAGUUUUGCCAAAAUGGAGAAUCAUGAGUUAAAUUAAUUUUUAAUCUCAAGUGAUAAUUUUUUAUGCAUUUAACCAAAGAUAACAAAAAAAAGUUUAUGAUAAAUGUUUUUUAUAAGUUAUGUUUUUAAGCCUGGACCACUUGACUACAUUAUAAAUAUUUAUUUUUUCUACGACUGUGAUUUAAAAAAACAAUUUUUCAAAAAAUUGUUGGGUACUAGAAGAGGAAUAAAUAUUAUAAAGAAAAAAAAAAUUAUUACACAAAAAAAUAGCUAUUAAAGUAGAGCCAGUUUGAUAAGAAGACAAAAGACUAAUUUAUUUUUAUUUAUAUAUUAAAAAAUUAUUUCUUUUUAAUUACUGGCGAUUUUUCUCCUGACAAACUUUUUUCAAAUAACUCUCAUAAUGUACAAUGAUUUCAUCUGUGAUUCUCUUUCUUAUUGUGCCAAAAAGUAUCUUCAGAUACAAAAUAAUUCAUAAAAAUAAUGUACUUAUAAAAAUGUAACAUUAUAAUUAUUGAAUAUACGAAUAUAUUCAUAAGUCAUUAAGUAUGCAUAAAAACUGCUAAUUGCAGAAAUAAUACAUUUCUUCUUACAAGUUGAAAGUUUCUGCUUUAAACUUAUUGGAAUCAAAGGAAAGUCAUUUAGACAAAUAAUGAUGAAUGAUUAUUAUAACAAUAAUAGUUAUUACUAUCACUAUUAUUAUGAAUAAUACCAACAAAUACAUCAUGUAGAAGAAAAUAAUUAUAUUCAUAAAUGUUUUGAUGUUCAAAAGUAAAGCCUUGUGACCUGAACAUAUUUAGACAUAAAGUUUAUGUAGUUUAAAUAAAUGAAUGUCAUUAAAAUCUCGAAAAAAUUUAUAAAACUAUUUAUGAAUCUCAUAAAUAUUUGUGCCUGUUCGACGUUUAUAUUUAGUCUGAAUCAGUAGGCUAGUAAAGUAAUGUGAAUGAAAAAAAUUUAAAGAAUAUAUAUAAACUGUUUUAUUUAUCACUAUUCAUUGAUGAUAUUGCCAAUCAAAAUGCCAUGAAAUUUGGCUUUCGUAAACAAAAAUGGAAAGUAAAGACUAUGAAAAUUUCAGGUACUAUUGUAAUUUCUUAUGUCUAUUGUGUGUAUUCUCUGUGAUAAAAAUUUGUCUAAUUUUUCAAAAAAAAAAAAAA